CUUUUGACAGACUGCAUUUUGUGAAGGGAAUAACACGAACAACAUCAGGAGAGCAAAUCAGUUUGUGAAUAAACAAUCUGUUUAAUCCUGCUAUCUAGAGACCGAAUGGAUUUAUGAACUGAAUGAAGUUUGUGUUUGAUGUUCUUCAUUGUUGAUAGAGAGCACUGCAUGUAAAAUGAGUCUCAGAGAGGAGGACGAUGUUACCACACAUAAAGCAGCAUCUUCCGAACCCAGCUGUGUGUCUAUGAAGAGUGAUGGAUCCAUGGAUUAUCCCCUUAAUCUCAGUGAUAAAGCAGUGACCUCUGACAAUGACACUGCAUGUAAAAUCCGACUCAAUGAGAAAAGAGAGGAGGAAGAUGUUCACACGCAUGAAGCAGCAUAUCCAGAACCCAGCUGUGUGUCUAUGAAGAGUGACGGAUCCAUGGAUUAUCCCCUUAAUCUCAGUGAUAGAACAGUGACAUCUGACAAUGAAGUGAAAAGAGAUGAUGUUAUCAGAUCAGUGACGCCCCGUCAGACCCUCAUCAGAGAGAGAGUCAAAGACCAACACAAAACCAGCAUGAAGAAAAAGUAUGAGAGCUUAUUUGAGGGAAUAAAACUACGAAAGAAUCAAACUCUCGUGAAUAGGAUCUACACACAGCUCUAUAUCAUAGAGGGAGAGAGUGAAGGAGUGAAUGAAGAACAUGAGGUUUUACAGAUGGAGAAAACACCCAAAACACAAGACACUCCAAUCUACUGCAAUGACAUCUUUAAACUGUUACAUGAACCAGAAUGUGAGGAGAAAUACCAAAUCAAGACUGUUCUUACUAAAGGUAUUGCUGGAAUUGGAAAAACUGUCUCUGUGCAGAAGUUCAUUCUGGACUGGGCUGAGGGAAAAGCCAAUCAGGAUGUAGAUUUCAUGUUUGUGCUUCCAUUUCGAGAGUUGAACUUGAUUAAAGAUCAUCAAUACAGUCUUCAUAGACUUCUAUUGGACUUUCAUCCUGAACUUAAAGAUGUGGACUCAAAAAUGUAUGAGGAGUGUAAAGUUGUGUUCAUUUUUGAUGGUCUGGAUGAAAGCAGAAUUACACUGAUGAUUUCAGACAAACAGAAGGUUUGUGAUGUGAAUGAGUCUUCAUCAGUGGGUGUGUUGAUGUCAAACCUCAUUAGACGAGACCUGCUUCCCUCUGCUCUCAUCUGGAUCACCUCCAGACCAGCAGCAGCCAAACAGAUCCCCUCAAAAUACAUCAACCAUCUGACAGAAAUUAAGGGAUUCAGUGAGCCUCAGAAAGAGGAAUAUUUCAGGAAGAGAAUCAGUGAUGAACAUCAAGCCAGCAGAAUCAUCUCACACAUUAGAAGAUCAAGAAGCCUUGACAUCAUGUGUCGCAUACCCGUCUUCUGCUGGAUCUCAGCCACUGUGCUUCAAAAUCUCCUGAAACAGGAUGACACUGCAGAAAUCCCUCAGACUCUGACUGAAAUGUACAUCCAUUUCCUGCUGACACAGAUCAACAUGAGGAAUCAGAAGUAUGAUGAGAAAGAUCCAGAGAAAAUCUUGAAGCCCAACAGAGAUGUGAUUGUGAAAUUUGCUGAAUUGGCUUUCAAACAGCUGAUGAAGGGCAAUGUGAUGUUCUAUGAGGAAGACCUGAUUGAGAGCGGCAUAGACGUCACUGAUGCCUCAGUGUAUUCUGGGAUUUGCACCGAGAUCUUUAAGGAGGAAUCUGUGAUUCAUCAAAGGAAGGUCUACUGCUUCAUACAUCUGAGCUUUCAGGAGUUUCUAGCUGCUUUCUUUGUGUUUUACUCCCAUGUAGACAAGAAUAAGAAAUCAGUGAAGUUGUUUUUGAAAGAAGGAUAUCAGCAGUACCGUCAGGAAAACUCUCUGAAUGAGCUACUAAAAGCAGCAGUUGAUAAAUCCUUACAGAGUGAAAAUGGACACCUGGAUCUUUUCCUGCGGUUCCUGCUGGGCAUCUCACUGGAGUCCAAGCAGAGACUCUUACAGGAUCUACUGCCACAUACAGUGAACAGCUCAGAGACCAUCAAGAGAAUCACACAGUACAUUAAAGACAAAAUCAAAGGAGUUAACCAUCUGUCAGCUGACCGAAGCAUCAAUCUGUUCCUCUGUUUGCUGGAAAUUAAGGAUCAGACUCUGUGCAUAGAUAUUCAGGAGUUUGUGAAAUCAGAGAAUCACUCAGUGAAUCAACUCUCUCCAUCUCACUGCUCAACAAUAGCCUACAUGCUUCAGAUAUCGGAGGAAGUGCUGAAUGAGUUUGAUCUGAAGAAGUACAACACAACAGAUGAGGGUAGAAAGAGACUGAUACCAGCUGUUCUGAACUGCAGAAAAGCUCUACUUGCUGAAUGUGAUCUUACUGGUCAGUUCUGUAAAAGUUUGUUUUCAUCUCUACAAUCAUCAAACUCACUGAGAGAGCUGGACAUGAGUCACAAUGACCUGCGGAAAUUAAAUGUGAAGCUUCUGUCUGAUGGACUAAAGAGUUCACACUGUCAACUCAACAUACUGAGAUUUUCAUGCUGUAAUCUCACUGGUCAGUUCUGUAAAAGUUUAUCUUCAUCUCUUCAAUCAUUAAACACACUGAGAGAGCUGGACCUGAGUCACAAUUACCUGCAUGAAUCUGGAGUGAAGCUUCUGUCUGAUGGACUGAAGAAUUCACAAUGUCAACUCAACAUACUGAGACUUGCUUACUGUUCCCUUACUGGUGAGUGCUGUGAAAGUUUAUCUUCGUCUCUACAAUCAUCAAACUCCUCACUGAGAGAGCUGGACCUCAGUAAGAAUGACCUGCAGGAUUCAGGAGUGAAGCUUCUAUGUGAUGGACUGAAGAGUUCACAUUGUCAACUCAACAUACUGAGAUUAUCUGGCUGUAUGAUGACAGAGGAAGGCUGUUGUUAUCUGGCUUCAGCUCUGAGUUCAAACCCCUCACAUCUGAGAGAGCUGGAUCUGAGCUACAAUUACCCAGGACAAUCUUUAGUCAAGCUGCUCUCUGAUCCAAACUACAGACUGGACAAACUUAAUGUGGAUCAUGGAGGAGAGUUCAUGAUUACAACAGGACUGCAGAAAUAUGCACGUAAUCUCACUCUGGAUUUAAACACGGCACACGCUCGUCUCACACUAUCUGAGGACAACAGAAAGGUGACACUUGUGACAGAAAAUCAUCCGUAUCCUGAUCAUCCAGAGAGAUUUGAUGAUAUUCCUCAGAUUCUGUGUAGAGAGAGUCUGUCUGGACGCUGUUACUGGGAGGCUGAAUUGAGCGGGUUUGCAGCUAAUAUAUCAGUUACAUAUAAAGGAAUUAAUAGGAAAGAGAAGAGUAAAGACUGUAUGUUUGGAUACAAUGAAAAGUCCUGGAGUCUGAACUGUUUUGAUAACAGUGUCAAUGUUUGUCAUGGUAAUAAGAUCAGAGUCAUAUCUGCCCAAUUAAAUCGCUCUAAGAGAGUAGGAGUGUAUCUGGACUGGUCGGCUGGCACUCUGUCAUUCUACAAUGUCUCUGACAUGCACAAACUCACACACUUACACACAUUCAAAACCACAUUUACUGACCCAGUCUAUGCUGGAUUUGGGGUUGAUUGGGGUUCAACAGUGUCUCUGUGUGAGAUUAACUGUUCAUGACCGAUGGGAGCACCGGUGCUCCUGUUUGCGUUGUCUCCGUUUAACCCUUUGACGCGUAUGAUCACACCGAUGUGAUCAGUCUUGGCUGGCCCCAGGAGCGUACGAUCACACCGGUGUGAUUAGAAUGUUCAGCGCAUCACGUGAUCAACUGCCAAAUUCAUAUGUGUGUGCGCGCUUUGGCUGGCGCUAAACCAGAGACGGAUGUGCGCAGCGCUUUUCAUAUAUCACGUAUAUGCCGUGUUUUCAACCAAAUAAUGUUUAUUUUAGGUUUCAGACAUUUAAAUACACACGAGUACUAACAAAUCAAUAUAUUUAGGGUUUGUAAAAUACACGGUCUAUAGAAGCAGAAAUAACAACCCUUUCCAUUAUAAUUAGACGACACGAUUUAUUCAUAUCAGAUACACAUUGUGAAAGUAACUUUAAAGUUUACUCUAUUCUUCCCCAGUUCACCGACUCACUUUAAUGUA